AUGGGCACAUUCAAGGAAUCUGUGACGUUCAAGGACGUGGCCGUGGUCUUCAGUGAGGAGGAGCUGGAGCUGUUGGAUGCGGCGCAGAAGAAGCUGUACCAGGAUGUGAUGGUCGAGAACUUCAGGAACCUGAUCUCACAUUCACACUCAGAAGAGAAGUUGCUGACAUGUGGUGAAUGUGGCAAAGCCUUCCGUUUCGUCUCAGGUCUUCAUAAACAUCAGAAAAGUCAUGUGGGAAAGAACCGCUGUAUGCGAGAUGAGUGUAGUAAGGACUUGGAUCCCAGCUCACAGCUGCAGAGUCACCUCACUGUCCACACUGGAGAGAAACCAUACAUGUGUGAGGAGUGUGGGAAACACUUCAAGCACAGAGCCACUCUUAAUGUUCAUUGCAAAGGCCACCAAGGAGUGAAACCUUACCAUUGUGAGGAAUGUGGCAGGGCUUUUAUCUACCCUUCACAUUUCCAGGAGCAUCAGAGAACUCACACUGGAGAGAGGCCAUUCAAGUGUGAUGUAUGUGGUAAGACGUUCUGCCGUAGAGCAUCGCUUAACAAUCAUUGCAUGGUCCACACAGGAGAGAAACCUUACAAAUGUGAGGAGUGUGGGAAAGCCUUUGCUCGUAACUCAUACCUUUAUAAAGUCCAUUGGAGGCUUCACACAGGAGAGAAACCUUACAAGUGUGACGAAUGUGGGAAGAGCUUCAAUCAGAUGUCAAGGCUUCAGAUCCAUGAGGUGAUCCAUACUGGUGAGAAACCUUACAAAUGUGAAGAGUGUGGGAACGGCUUUAGCCGUCGAGCAAAUCUUCAGAUCCACUAUAGAAUACACACAGGAGAGAAGCCCUAUAGUUGUGAGAAGUGUGGAAAGAGCUUCAGGCAGGUUUCAACACUUAUGACUCAUCAGAGAAUCCACAGUGGAGAAAAACCAUUUAAAUGUGAAGAGUGUGGGAAGAGAUUUUGUCAGAAGUCACAACUCCAUUGUCACCAGAGAAUCCACUCUAGAGGGAAGCCCUAA